AUGUUUUUGCUGUUCCGCGGAAUCGUUGGAAUCGGUGAGGCAUCCUAUUCGAACGUAUGUCCAUCGAUGAUUUCGGACAUGUUUACCGGUCCCACCUCGAAGUCGCAUGUACAUGAUCUUUUACUUCGCUGUACCCGUUGGAAGGUACGUCUGUGUUUCACUGGUCUUGGUUUUGUCGUGGGUUCGAAUGUAGCCAGCCUGCUGAAUGCUUGGCAAUGGGGAGUACGUGUCACUGCAGUGGCCGGUAUCGGGGCGUUGGCGUUGUUGGUUCUUGUGGUUGAUGAGCCGAAACGAGGGGGUGCCGAAAUCACCGCAGGAGCACAUCUUCAAGGAGAAGUCGCGACAUCGUACUGGACGGACAUCAAAUCACUUGCUACAACACCCACCUUCAUCACAUGCACAUGGGCGUAUACGGCAUUGAUCUUUGUGACCGGUACACUGACAUGGUGGGAGCCGACCAUCAUCGCACACUCUAUAGCCUGGACUCAGGGCCUUAACGACACUCGCCUUCUCCCCAGCAGUAAGAAAGACCAAGUCGGCUUAAUCUUUGGACUGAUUACUACCGUGUCCGGACUAAUUGGUGUAUCAAUAGGAACCCUUCUAUCCGGUCUGAUCAGAAGUGGAAGAGGCGUUUUCCGCGCUGUGAAAACGGAGCGAGCUCAGCCAAUUAUCUCCGGGAUAGGAGCUCUCCUUGCAGCUCCACUCCUUCUUCUCAUCUUCCUAUUUGGCCACAAAAGCAUUAUUAUGCUUUGGGUUUCGGACGCGAUUCGUGGCCCAGUGAAGACACCCGAGACGCAAUACCUUUCACUGAUCAAGGCCUGCGCCGUGACCGUGGUACUGCUCUGCGUAUCGGCUGCACUGUACUUCGCUUGUGCUGCAGUAUUGAUUAGAGAUCAAUACAAGUUCAAAGAGGAAAUGGGUCUCCUAACCAGCUCGCUAAAAAAACCAGCCUCCUCGAAUUCAUCAAUUGAAAGGCUCAACACCUUCGCCGAUGAUGACGACGUGGAAACAGCCGAUCAAAGGCUAUGA